AUGAUUGAUUCAGUAUCCACCCUUAAUGAACCGAUUUCUUCAGUAUCCACCCUUAAUGAACAGGUUUCUUCAGUAUCUACCCUUAACGAAUCGGUUUCUGGAUUUAAUUCUCAGCAUGAUGGUGGUGGAUCUAUGACAGUUGGUGGGGCUGAUGGCCAAGAAACUCCUGUUGACAAAAAACAGAAUCCUGAUUCUCAAGAUAAGAAUGAAUUGUCAAGUUCAAGGCAAGAAGAGUCCAAGAAUCUGAAGGAUGAGUCACUGCAUUCUAAUGUAAAGCAGCAAGAGACGGUCAAUAAAAGUUUGGCUCUGCCCGCAGUUACAGAGGGUGAUGAUAAUGCCCCAUCCAAUAAUACACGUGGAGGAUUGAAGGACACCGUGACAUCUUCUCCUACUGCUACCAACAGGAGUCAGCCUGAUGUAGUUGAUUCAGGAUGCGAUCUUUACCAUGGAAAGUGGAUUUACGAAUCGACUGGACCAUUGUACACAAAUAAUUCCUGCCCUAUUAUCACUCAGAUGCAAAAUUGCCAGGGAAAUGGAAGACCCGACAAAGAUUACGAGAAUUGGAGAUGGAAACCUUCUCAGUGUGACCUGCCUAGAUUUGAAGCAAAGAAGUUCCUGGAGUUAAUGAGAGGAAAGACAUUAGCUUUCAUUGGUGAUUCAGUAGCUCGAAAUCAGAUGGAAUCACUGCUGUGCAUCCUUUGGCAGGUUGAGGUUCCGAAAAACAGAGGAAAUAGAAGAAUGCAACGUUAUUAUUUCAGAUCUACAUCUACAAUGAUUGUUCGCAUAUGGUCGUCCUGGCUUGUUCACCAAUCAUCUGAGCCAUUUGAUUUUGCUCCAGCUGGUGUGGUCAAGCUCCAUCUUGAUGCACCUGAUGAAGUUUUCAUGCAAUACAUUAUGGAUUUUGAUGUGAUAGUCCUCUCCUCUGGCCACUGGUUCGCAAAGCAGUCAGUAUAUAUAUUGAACAAUGAGAUCAUGGGAGGACAAUUGUGGUGGCCAGACAAGUCUAGACAAAAGAAGAUUGACAACAUUGAAGCCUUUGGAAUAUCCAUUGAAACAAUUGUUACUGCAUUAGUCACACAUCGGAAUUACACUGGUCUAACAAUAAUUCGUAGCUUUUCACCUGAUCAUUAUGAGGGUGGAGCUUGGAACACUGGAGGAUCGUGCACUGGAAAGGUCAGGCCUGCCUUGGAUAGUGAAUUAGUUGAGAAUGGUUUUACCAAUAUAAUGCACGAGAAGCAGGUGACAGGGUUUAAUCGUGCUAUGAAGAAAAAGAGAAACAAAUCAAAAAUAGAACUAAUGGAUAUAACAGAAGCAUUUUCACAUCGCCAUGAUGGACAUCCAGGUCCAUAUCGAAGCCCGGAUCCGAAUAAAAUCACUAAAAGGGGCCCAGAUGGAAGGCCCCCGCCUCAGGAUUGCUUGCACUGGUGCAUGCCAGGUCCAGUUGAUACGUGGAAUGAACUCGUGUUUGAAGUUAUAAGAAGAGAGUUUGAGGACAGACAAAAUAUUGCUUAA